AGAGACCACGUGAGCUGCGGGCGGUAUAAAAGCUUUUGGCGGCGGUUCCGCGGCGCAGCCCUAGUUUUAUAUGGGAAAAUGUAUCGCUUUCGUUCACAGGCUCUCAUCGGAAUCGCUUUUAACUCCCUUCUUUUCACUGUGCCACUGGACGACAUUCAAUUUAAGAGACGCUAUAGUAAAAACUGGUCGUGUAUUGGCUGAUUUUAGGUUUAUAUUUGCUGUGUUUAUACAAGAAGGAUGCCCAAGUCUAAGAAGAGGAACGGCAGGGGGGGACAGCAUGCAGCUGUGCAGCCUUUCAGUGAUGAGGAUGCUUCCAUUGAGACGCUCAGCCACUGCAGCAGCUUCAGUGAUUCAGUCAGCGUGGCAGACGAAGGCGGCGAGGCUGAGGAUACUGCGCAGGAGGAUUUCCAGUACAAGUUGAAGGUUUAUAUUGACUGCACGGUUGAUAAAAGUGCAAAAACCCGGCAAGGAGCACUUGAUGGACUAAAGACUGCAAUGGCAACCAGAAUACUGUACGAGUUCCUGCUAGAGAGAAGAAUGACCAUCACAGACAGCAUUGAGCGCUGUUUGAAAAAAGGAAAAGGAGAGGAGCAGCGUGCGGCAGCCUCCCUGGCUUGCCUCUUGUGCAUCCAGUUAGGUUCUGGGAUUGAAAGCGAAGAGGUGUUCAAGACCCUGAAACCCAUAUUCAAGACCAUUCUCAAUGAUGGAACAGCAAACAUUCAGGCCAGACAGGCUUGUGCGACAAGUCUGGGCCUCUGCACUCUGGUAGCAGAAGAUGAUAUCUUGGAUGUGUAUGCCACCAUGGAAUGCUUUGAGACUCUCUUCACCCGCUCAUACGUACGAGAGGAUGGCAGCAGGCCUUCACUGAACCCUCAGACCACUCAGCUCCACACUAACGCACUGCUCUCCUGGGCUCUGCUGCUCACCAUCUGCAGCGCCAGUCACGUCACAGCCAUCAUUCACAAACAUCUAUCCAAGCUUCCAAGGCUACUGGAGAGUGAGGAUGUCAACAUGCGAAUUGCAGCCGGAGAGACCAUCGCUCUGCUGUUUGAGCUUGCAAGAGACGUCGACCCAGACUUUAACUCUGAGGACUGGGAGCCACUGUGUGACAAGCUGAAUGCCCUGGCCACUGAUUGCAACAAACAUCGUGCCAAGACUGACAAGAGGAAGCAGCGGUCUGUCUUCAGGGAUGUGCUGAAAGCUGUGGAGGAUGGGGACUUUCAGACUGAGGCGAUCCGCUUUGGCACAGAGCGGAUGGUCAUUGACAGCUGGGUGAGGAAGAGGACCUACGAUGCUUUCAGAGAGUUUGUUGGCUCUGGAAUGAACUACCAUCUACAGGCAAACGAGUUCAUCAGGGACGUGUUUGGACUGGGACCACCAAUGCUUAUUGAUUCAGCUGCUCUAAAAGCUAUGAAGAGCUCCCGACUGGAGAGGCAUCUGUACAAUGCUGCUGCAUUCAAGGCUCGCACCAAGGCCAGAAACAAGUUUCGUGACAAGAGGGUGGAUGUGGGUGAAUUUUAGCAUCCAGUUUUCUAUUAAUUAUUCAUUUUCCCUGUCGUACUUAUUUGGGUCCAAUGUGUGUUCCUCUUUGUGUGUAGAAUGUAGUACUGCACAUUGUUUCUUUUUUUUUUCUUUCUUUUUUUUUUAAAUAACAAAUUAAUAUUUAGUAUUUAUAUGGUGUAACAUGUAAUGUGUUGUUGUUCUUUUUUUGGUGGUAAUAUGAAUUAAACGUAAAAUAUGUAUAUGAAAUGUAUGUGCACUUGCUCCCCCCAGUGGUUAGUGUUGAUAAAAUAAAUAAAUGUGGAAGCUCA